UGGAGCCCACCCGCCAGAAGUGGCGCUGCCUGUCACUCACUCUUGUAAGUGCUACAUCUGGUGGGGGAAAUGUAAGAUUCCCCGUUAAAGGUGAAUUUCAAAUGAACAACAACUAACUUUUUAGUGGGAGUAACCCAUAAACUAAUUGUGAUCCGAGAUUCACAUUUACCCGUAUAUCCUGUGCUUUUCUUCGCUAAAUUAAGCUGUCUUAAUCAGGAGCCUUUUACACUCUUAGAAUUUUUUUUUUUUUUUUUUUUUUUUUUUUUACUUUGGAGGCUAGGGAAGUGACUGGAUAGGCAGAUUUCUGGAGCAAGCUUGUGGGCCUGAGUUUGAUCCCCAGUACCCACGGAAAAAAGCUAGGUGUGUUAGGGCUGGAGAAAAGGCUGAGACUAGAGCCAAUCAGUAUUAGCACCUACUCGAUCUGUGAAACUUAACAUGAUCACUUCACGUACUUAACUUUUGAAUACAGUGCUCUCGAACCCCCAAAAGAAUUGAGGGUCUAAGAAAUUCCCGUAUUAGGAACAUUUAAACAGGAAGGGGCAGAAAUACCGACUUGGAUUCGUGAGAUUAACUUGUGAGUGACUUAUUUUCCUUGGGCCAAUGUAGUACUGCUGUUCACUGAAUAUUGUAUGUGAGGGGUCUGUGAGUUAGUAGGUCAGUUGGACUAGAAAUUAGCAAUGUACAGAAGUACUAUCAAAUUUUCUCAUAAGUUACAAUAGUAUAACUAAAAAUUAUUACAGCUUUGUAUGACACAGUCGGGUCCAGAGCUGGGACAUUUGUAUCUUCUAUGGCUUAGCAUAGGCUUUAUGUACUUAUUUGCAUAAUGAACAGGCAACAUAUCACACCUUCCUAACAUUUAAAAUAAUGUACACUAGCAUAAAUGUUUCCAAGAUCAUUACUGGAGAUAGCAUUGAAUACAGCUUUAAUUAGGAAUAAUUGCUGUAAUAAUUUAUUUUUUUUUCUGUGAGCUUUGGUUUGAGGAACUGGACACAUAAAUCUGGAUUUGAAUCAUUGCAAAACUAGCAAUUCUCUGGGAGAGUCGUUAGCAAAACCAGAUAUAAUAUGCCCUUCAGCUGGAAAAGAGACUUUGAGAGAAUAAGCCUGAACAUGGCUAUGAUUGUGGAAGUCUAAAGUUCCCUGGGAAAGGAGCCCAAAGAAAGAGGGAAGUCAUCGGUGCUGGUUUCAGGACACUAUAGACACCAGCUUGGUUAUUUGAGCAUCUUUCAGUGACCUUCAGCUUUCCAUGAAGAUUGCUUUCUCAGAGGAGCUCCAGACUAUCAUAGAGGGAAAUAUUUCUUUUGGUCUUCAAAAUGAAAAUAGACUUGGAAGUCAGUGAGCCAAUCAACUUUAGUUCCGGAGAUCAUCAACACCUGGUUCAGAAAGCAGCAAUUAAAAGUGGCCACUCUAAAGGGGAUCAGCCCUUCACAUAUUCAUCCAGAAACACACCACAAGAAGCCAUAAAAUACCCACGUUCCAAGCAAAGAGAUGCGGCAAAUACCUAUGCAGUACAAAUUUCAGAUGAUGUUAUCUCAGAGGAGACCAUCACAGGUCCACCCGGUCCCUUCCAAGACAUGUCUGUCCGUAAAGGCUUCAUCCUGAAGGUGUUCGUUGUCUUGUCAGUCCAGCUGCUGGUCACUGCGACAAUCAUCGGCGUGUUUGUUUUCAGCAAACCUCUAAGAAAGUGGGUCAUCAGCGUUCCGUGGUUCAUCUAUGCACUUCUCCCAGCAUGCUUUAUCGUGAUCAUCGUGCUCGCUUGCUGUAGGGAUGUCCGGCGUCAGGUGCCCAUGAACUACAUUCUCCUGGCAUUAUUUACACUCCUGGAAGGUCUGCUGCUGGGAAGCAUGUCCGUCUUCUAUAAAGCAGAAGAGAUUCUGUGGGCGGCGGGAGCCACUACUAUCGUGACAUUAGCGCUUACUUUAUUUGCUCUCCAAACAAAAUGGGACUUCACCUUGCUGAACGGAGUGUUGUUUGUUUGCCUCUGUGUCCUCUUCGUCUACGGGAUUAUCACACUCGUCAUACGAUCCUAUUGGCUACAUCUGGUGUAUGCAGCGCUGGGAACACUACUCUUCUCCAUGUACCUGGUUAUGGACGUGCAGAUGAUGGUUGGGGGGCGCUACCAUUAUGAGGUAGACCCUGAAGAGUACAUUUUUGCUGCUCUGAACAUCUAUGUGGAUAUCAUCAGCCUUUUCAUUUUCAUUUUGGACCUGAUUGCCCGAUAGUCGAUGGCCAAGGCUGGCUUACGCUGAGAAGAGGGAAGGCGGGAUGCCUGUGGAGUGUUGCCAGGCCCAGGCACACAGCGGUGACCACUCAGGUCCUUUCAGUAGUUAUUUAUUUAUCUAUUUACUUAUCAUUAAUUUAUGUCAAAAGAAUUCAGUAGAUGGUAGCUGUUGCUGUUAUACUUUUUAUUUCCCUUGUCAUAUGGCAAAACUUUGUUAUUCAUAUGGAAACAUUUCAGAUUCCUACAAAUUCAGAAAAUGAGUAUCCUAAUCACAUACUGACAUACAUUUAGAAGGUUCCCACUGCUUUGUUGAAGUUUUCUAGGCACAAUUUCUUUAUUAAUUUUUCUUUAUUAAGAAAUUUUUUAUUCAUUUUAUAUACCAACUGCAGAUCCCCCUC